GCGCUUAGGGAUUGGAGGAGUCUUCGUUCAUUCAAUUUCUUUGAAAAGCUGGAUUAUUUGGAGAGCUAGAGUGGUAAAGACGCGAUUGACAGCGUGUGAAUAUUGUGUUUGUGCCGAAGAACUGACGUAAGCGGAGCCAUGUUCAGCAGAUUCACGGCUUUGGUGGCUGAAGUUGUCGGGUUUGGACCUCAGCAGAUAAGGCCGGAGGAUUUCACAACUCACUGGCGAGCCAUCACUGACUCUAUAGCCACUUCUGUAGUGCUCAAUGCUCGUACCGAAAUUGCAACAGAUGCAGGUGGGAGUGUGUCGGAGACGGACAUCCCCCACCACCUGGGAGCCAUGGCAGAGCUGCUGUGUGAAGAGGACUCUCAGAAAGACUCGCGUGACCACGGCACAAUGGGGCUUUGCCUGGAGUUCAUGCUCAGACACAGAAUACUGGACACUCUCUACAUACCAUGCAAGAAUGACAAGCUGAUCCAGCUGUGUGUCUCCACCCCCAGAGCCCUCUUGGCCCUCAUGGAGAUCCAGUUCCUCCGCACAAUCUUUCUCAAGUCCACGACGACACCCGCCUUGCCGAUUUCCUCCUCGUCGACCUCCCCGUCAAGAGUCCCCUCUCUCCCCUCCCUCUCCUCUGUUUCGUCGUCUCCCCAAACAAUGCUCCCAAUCUUCCAUCCACCAGUUCUCCUCCGGUCCCCACAAAGACAGUGUUCUAGUGGCGGAGGCUCUGCACGUCUGGUGAACCACAAGACAGCAUGGUGGCAAUGUGUGUCAAGCUACUCUGCAUUGAUAAACUCUCUCUUAGAGUGCCCCCUCGCCCCCGUCUUCCUGCGUGAAUUGGUGUUCGAUGGAUCUCCCGCCACUACCAGCAUGACAAACUGGAGACACCACCUCUCCUCCUCGGUCAUCACAAACCUCCCCAACAAUCCCAACUCCCCACACUCCCGACUCUCCCAAGGCUCCCAAACUCCCCGUCUCCCACACUCCCACGCAUUCGCAGCCACCACACCCACUGCCCCAGACAGCACCACAACUGGCAGCAGCCUGGCACGGCAGAGAAACAACUGGAGCACUGGAUCAAUAGCUACUAUCCCUGGUACCUGCGGAUCUCCUGUCUGCAGAGGUGGUGACAGAGAAACUGUUGUUGAGGACUAUCUAAUUGAAGCCCACAAACAGAUAUUGGCUCAGUCCUGGGACCAGGACGGAGGAGGAGGAGGAGAUGACAGGUAUUGGAGGGGUGUGGUCUUCACCCGAGGCAGUAACAUCACAGGAUGUGCCAGAGAGUCCCUUCCCCCACCACCACACACCAUCGCGGACCGUGAGACGGAGAGCUGGGGGAGAACGGGGAGAGGAGAGGGACCACUCGUACCUGCUCUGCUCUCCAAACUGGAGAGACUCUUAGACCAGUCGUACGAGGUGAACUUGAUGCUGACGUCCGUUCUCUCUCAACUUGCGGCUUUCUCUCAUCCUCGUAUUGAUCGUCUCUUCUUCCCCGACAGCUCCCCCCACAACUCUGUCUUCUCUGUACUGAAGAAGGUGAACAGUGAGCUGGUGGUCCACGCGGAGCGCUCUCCUGGCUUCCAGUUCAACCUCAGAGAAGUCAGGAAGAGAAUGGUCGGCCAGGAGACUUCCGACCUCCUCAGGUCCUAUGCCCAUAAUGAUCUACUGGAAGGUGCUGUUGUAUUGGAGGAGUUUGUAAGAUAUUACAAGAUCAAACAGCUGCACCGGCCCGUUGCUAUGGCGUGUUAAUCCCCUGAUCAUACAUAAUAUGCACUACACGACAUGUAGUAUAAUAUACGUAGAAUGGACUAAAGUGCCUUUCCUCUAAGAAUGUCUGAUUUACCCAUGCAACUGUCUGAAGUAAACUGUUGUGUAAUGCACC